AUGCUCGGCGGCUCGGGGCUCCCGCCCCUGGAUCUCCCGGCUCUUCUGCAGUUCGCGAUCACCGCGCUUGCGCUCGUGUCCGGGUUGCUUUUCGUCAUCAGGAGCGCGGCUUCCCGGUACUUUGUUGUGGACGCGAGAUUUGAAUCGGACAUUGGAGGGUUCGAGGGCCGUGACAAGAUGUCUGAUGGGGAGGAUAAGUGUUUCGUCUGCGAUAGGCGGGGGACGAAGAAAUGCUCUAGGUGCAAGAGCGUCCGCUAUUGGUAGGUGCUCUUAGUUUUUCAAUUAUCUUCUUAAUUUCUCAUUCUCCUGCUCAGUAGUCACCAUUAGAGGGAGUUACCAUUGCCUAGGAUAUCUUGCAUCGUAAACUUGCACGUACGUCCUUAUUCUAGGAGUAAUCGGUGAGUCAUAUUCAUCAGUUGGAAGCUUUUCGACUCGUUGUGCAUUGUUUAGGCUUCAACGUCACUCUUGACGUCAGGAAGAUUGACCAGGAAGUGGACAAACUAACCUCAACAGAGUGGCCAAUUUUUUUUUCCCUGCCGCCACAUAAUUUUAACGGUAUUGGCACUUGGCAGGCUCAUCAUCAGUUAUUUUCCACUUUUUUCUCCCGGAGUCUAAUUCGGUUGUGGCGACAAAAAGUUUUUUAAUGUUAAAACGUUGGAAUCAGAAAGUAAGACCAAUUUAAGGAAUUUAUGGGUACCAUUGAAAACUGGAAUGCUUAUUUAACCCCACAAUGUUUUCAUAUGUGCUAUAACCCUCACAGAACUGGAAUUGGGGCAACCAUGAAUUUACAAAAUCUGGUUUUCGUUCUGUGUAAUAUAAAUUGUUAGAAGGAUGGGAAUAAUACUAGAUUGCGGCCAUCUGGUUAAGAUGUUUCCAUUAGAUUCAUUUUUGCAACUUUCAUCUUUCAUGUUAGGGUAGCAAGCUUGUGAAUGAAUGUGUUUUUGUGACUUUUGCAUGGGCAUUUGUGAGAGUAUGCUGCCACAAGGAUAAGAUUUAAAGGAUAAGAGGCAGCUGUAAAGAUAUUACAUAGAAUACAACAGUUUUCAGCUUGGAAAAAUUGGUUUUUUUAUAAAAUAUGCUAUUUUUUCGCUGUGAGCUAUAAGAAAUCCGUUGUCAUCAAGGAAUAUAAGUUUCUUUGGAUUGAUAAGUAUUCCAUCCAAACUAUUCCUCAAAUAUCACUGACUUGCGUAACUGAUGCUUUUGGUGAUCAGUACGGGGCGAUCUGUGGCUCUAGUUUAUUUAAUAAUGCCACUUUUUUGCCGAGGAUUAAUGAAUUUUGGUGGUAGAUGAUUCUGAAAAGCUGAAUGUUUGAUGUUAAGCUUGUCAAAAAGCUGUGGCUGGUUGUUUAUCAUGUUGUCUUCUUGAGGUUGAUUGUGCUUGGCCACUUGUAUUUUGUGUAGAUGGUAGAUGUGUUGUCACUGUGAUACAUACACACUCAAUUCCACAUCUUGCCUAGAGUGGCAUGCUUAUUUUCAAUCAAACCUCCUUGAAGUAUAGAUCUUCAUUCUGUUUUUAAUGUCUAUCUUUAAGCCCGGUCACAAUUCUUAAAUCUGUUGAGGAGUUUUAAUGGAAUUUGGUCACUAUAUUUUCGAGUUAACUCUUGUACCUAAAAAAACCAAAUUCAAAGCUUAAAACUGCAUGCUGCCAACAGAUGCGUCCCACAUAGUUAUACUAUAGCUGAAGUGUAAAAUGUGAAUUAUUUGUGGUUGUUACAUCAUAUUAGUAAUAUCUUUGGAAGUAGUUCGUCCUUCAUUUGCUUAAUUUCUUCAUCAAUGCAAACCCCAGGAAGCAAAACGACUAAACACAUGGAAAUAUGCUAUUGAGACGAAUUUUCACUUAUUUAUUUUUUCAUAUUGGAGACGCCUCUUGGCCAUAUUGCAAUGGUAGUUAUAUUAGAGAAACAUAGGCCUGUACUAACGAAGCACCAUAGUUGGUAAGUCGAUGACGAUGAAAUAUUGACCUUAUGUGUAGAUAGGAUUGAUGGGAUGAUGGCUAAACAUAUACAUACAUUUUUACGUGAGAGUUUAUAUUUUAACUAUGUGAAUCAUUUUCAUUUAUGAUAUUUUCACUUGUUGGAGACGUAGUACUGAUUCUAUCACUCAGCACAUCUACUUUGUGGGUUUUCAUCCAUCAAACUGUUUUAGAUGCUGAGGUAUCAAUGAAGGUGUACUUCUGCCGAGGUUUUUGCCAGCGUGAUUUUGCUACAACUUUAUUAUGAUGGAUGCCCAGGUUUGUCAGAUGUGGAAGAUAGAAAACAUAUUUUAAUCUUUAAGCUUUUAAGGCAAAAUAAGCAUUGUAACUUGGUGGCCAUCAAAGUAUAUGAUUAUUCGUUUCAUCCAUUAAAUAUUUGACUCCUUCCUUCUCUCGUGCCUUGUUAGAUAAUGGAGUUUACGUAUUAUGAUAAGCUGUCAGAAGUCAUGUUGGUUAGUUACUGCUAUCUAAGUGGAUGAUCUAUCGAAGUUGGAAGCCGUUUAAGAUUUCUGUGAUCUCACAUGCUUUCUGCUAGUAGCUCAAAGCAUGUUCGUAGCUCUCAGACUGGUUUUUUGUUACUUUUUCAGAAAAUCAUCAAAGAUGAUCGGAUACUCUUUACUACUGGCAUUUCAUUUCAAUGACCAUUUAUUUAGUUGUCUUCCUGUUCUUUUCAUCUUUGGUUCGCUCAUAUCACUUUACUCAUUUAUAUGCCCGGCAAGUGAUCUUUCAUCCUUGUCACUUGAUGAAACUUGUCGAGUGAAAUUGAGAGAACUGUUUUCCCUGCAGCUCUCAGGAAUGUCAGUCAAAACAUUGGAAAGGUGGGCACAAUCGCAUAUGCAAGGAGCCUAAGGUUUUUGAUGAUUCUCUUCUUGGUGGAACUUUUGGAAGAAGGAAGUCCUCAUCUAUUGCAUUAGUGCCUUCUCGUGGUUCUUGCAAGGUUUUGGGACUGCCUAAGAAGGUAUGAUGUAAUAACCCACUUGUUGGAUAUAUGCUCUCUCUCUUCACACGACUAUCAUGCGGCACUCAUUUCUGAUGCAGGUUCUUUUUCCAUAUGACGAAUUUGUGAAACUGUUCAACUGGGAUAAACAUAUUUACCCUCCCUGUGGACUUCUAAACUGCGGAAACAGGUUCAAGUCUCAAACUGUCUAACAUUCCUUCUUUUUUUUAAUGAUUAUAUUUAACAAAAAUGAUGUCGUUCACCAGUGUCACAUUUAUAUAUAAUAUUGCAUCGUUUUCCAAGAUCCAUUCUAAGUAUUUUUUAAUGCAGCUGCUUUGCCAAUGUUAUUCUGCAAUGUUUGGCGUGCACUCGACCACUUGUAGCAUACUUGUUGGAGGGAAGCCACUUGAAGACAUGUAAGCUUCGACUUCUGGAAUGUGUGUCAGCCUUUUCUACUAGUUUUCUACAGCUGACAAUUGACGAAUUUUAUUUAUAAAUAUUUCUGUUAUUAGGUGCCGGGAACGAUUGGUGCUUCUUAUGUGAGCUUCAAAUCCACAUUCAGAAUGUAAGCCAAAGUAUGAAGCCAUUUUCACCUAUUAAUAUCCUCUGUCGGUUACCAAAGAUUGGAGGCAAUCUUGGCCACGGAAGGCAGGAGGAUGCUCACGAGUUCAUGAGGUUUUCCCACUCGUCUCCCUAUUGAAUUUUAAUUAUCACUGUUUACUGGAUACCACACUGGAAUCUCCGCUGCAUUUUAUCAUAUUAUUUAUUCCAUGUAAUAAUUUGCUUUGUUUUGCAAAAGUAAGGUUUAGAUUUUCAGUUCUUAUUUAUCAAUGUGUUAUACUCUCUAGGUUUGCUAUAGAUACAAUGCAGUCUGUUUGUCUUGAUGAAUUUGGUGGAGAAAAGGCUUUGGAUCCAAGCAUUCAAGAGACAACACUUAUUCAACACAUAUUUGGUGGUCACCUUCAGUCUCAGGUUUAAACAAUCACCUGGAACCAUUUUUUUGUCCUCUUCCCCUUUCAACCGUAUAGUUCGGAAAAAGGUGAUGGUUUUCUUUGGUUUCGUUUUACUUGCCAGUUUUUUUGUGUGGCAAUCACACAUGAUGCUUCAUGUUUUUUCUUUUUUCUUGUCUCUGUCACGGAUGUAAAGCUUGGGAUACUUGAGUCAAAGUCCAAAAGAUCUAGGCUAGGCUAUUUUUUACAUCUCUAAGAUUGCUCUACAGCUGAAGAUAGAGAAAAGAGAUACAAUACAACGCCCUUCUCUACUCCAUUUUCACAUCGUUGGAGCAUCCGUUUUAAAAAUCAAUGCCUACAGUCAUGUUAUUAGCAUAAGCUUUUCUUAAAGAUCCACAACCAGCUUAUAUGUGAAUGAAUUGGAAGUUCUAACUUUGAAACCCUAAUAGAUGAUUGGAGGAUGUAACCAACAUCAACACGAAAGAAAUGUUUACAUUGCACAAGAUAGCCAAUGUUAGAAGUCAGGGGUACUCUCUUCCAGUGAAAAAGAGAACCAAGUUUUUUUCUCCCAUUUCUUUGGCGAAAGUCUUUGAAGGCUUUAUUCUUCAUUUAAAUAUUCGAAACUGUGGUUCAAUCAUUGGAGUCUUCAAAAGUACACUUUUCAGAAUGUCCUGAGAGACGCUUAGUUGUUUUCAUUCAUGUAUUGAAAAUUGUGAUCAUAUUCGCAUUAUUAUGCUUUACUUGUAUAUUCUAAUUUUUACAAUUGCAAGGUCCGGAUGCUCGCCCAAUGUGUGAUAGGCUCAAUUCAUUUUUCUCUCGCCAUCAGAUCAUCAUAGAAGACAAUCAAUGUGCUUUACUGGAAAAAAAAUAAAUCCAGUAUAGGGAUGUGUAAUUAUUGAGCAGUGGGAUUCUGAUGUCAUGCAUUUUACUAUCACCUAAGCCAUCUUUUUGCCCGUAUAUUUGUUUUUCAGGUGAAAUGUACAAAAUGCGACAAAAUCUCUAACCGCUAUGAGAAUAUGAUGGACUUAACUGUAGAGAUCCAUGGGGAUGCCGAGUCUUUGGAGGAGUGCCUUAAUCAGUUCACUGGUAAAGAGUGGCUUGAUGGGGAAAAUAUGUAUAAAUGUGAAGGGUAAGCUCGGCAUUCGCAUUCAAUACUGCGCAGGAGUAUAUUAUAUCGUAUCAAAUUCGUUUUGCUCUUUUUUUCGAGGACUUUGAUCUUGACAAACAUAUUAUAAUCGAAUAAUGCCUUCGCUAAAUUUAACUUCGAUUUUUUGGACGACUGUCUGUAAAUUAAAUCUUUAACAAGAUCCUAACUCAUUUUCUUGGAGGAGAGAAUACAGGUUAAAAUUAUCCUGUAUGUAAAAACUAAAUGAGAUAAACUCUACAAAAAGUUCCAAAAGAUAAGAGGACUACUGCCGAUAAAGAGUGCCUAUCUAAUUAACUUUAUACCAGCUCAUAAUAUCUAUGAAAGCUUAUAAAUCAAAUCCGCAUGACUCACUCUUAGGAUUGAAUUUUUCCUUGUUUAGUUUUCCUUAUUGAAUAUCUCCUGCUGAUUCCCGCCUCUUUUUUGGGCUGCAACUGUAGGAAUUAUUUUUUGAGCCCUGAUCAUCUUUCACAAGCCAAAGUAAAUCCUGCGCAUAAUUCCCAUCUCAUCUCUCACCCUGAGAUAUUUCUUAUAUUCGUACAUUACUCUCCUACUCUGGGGUGUCCUUCCUGCCCCCCAAAAAAGGGAAUUAGACGGGAUAAAACUUAAGUAUCAAAUUUAUUGUCUAAUACACUUGGAUCGCUUUUCUAUUACCAUUUUGCUAAACAAGAUCUAUAUUCUAAAAUAUGGUACUGUACAAGAAAGCUUUAUCGAGGACAUGUCUGAAAAAUAUGCACGUGAAAGAAAGGAGCGGAGAACGUAUGGAAAGAAGCUAGUGGCCUUGGGAAGGAGAAACCAAAGAGUGUUCAUGUGCUGCCACUUUGCCAGCUCAUAUAAUACUCUUAGUCUUCUCUGGACAGAGAACCUAUUACAUGGAGCAAUCUCAGAUUUGUGGUACACUGCCCCUUAUUAUGCAGACAAUCUCAAAACUGGGUGUUUCAGUUUAUAUUAUAGAUCACACGUCCGUAUAUCAAACUUAAACACUUUUCCUUUUCAUCUCUUUCAUUUCGUUAAUUCUACCAGAACUUGUGAGUAUAAAUGUGCUUGCAAAACAGGAGUCCUCUGCUUUCUUAUUUUCCUGACUAAAGUUAUGAUUUCGGAUUAAUGGCAGAUGUGAUGAGUAUGUUAAGGCAUGGAAGAGGCUGACCGUUCAUCAGCCGCCAAAUGUUCUCACUAUUGCUCUGAAACGAUUCCAGGUUAUAAUUGUAUAUGUUAUUUUCAAUUCGUAAUUUGCUCCACAGAAUUUAUAAGUGUUUUAAUGUUUUGCUGUUUUUUUUACAGAGUGGGAGAUUUGGGAAAUUGAACAAGAGAGUCACAUUUCCAGUGACUUUAGACCUUGUGCCAUACAUGAGUGAAACACGUGGUAGCACGGAUCUUUAUGAACUUUAUGCCGUUGUUGUCCACAUAGACAUGCUCAAUGCUUCAUUCUUUGGACAUUAUAUUUGCUAUACUAAAGAUUUCCAUGGAAAUUGGUACAGAGUCGAUGACUGUAAGGUACAAUUUUGAGCUUUGUAAAGCUUAGUGGUCCUAUAUUAUUGGUGUACUGUUGUUUCUUCCGCUUCAAAAAAUAGAAAUCGUUGAUAUCUUAUCCUGUUAUUCCAGGUCAUGAAGGUUGAUGUUGAAGAGGUUCUUGCCCAGGGAGCUUAUAUGCUUUUAUAUAGCAGGUUGAAGCUCAUUCUCUACAUAUUCAAUCAUUACCUACUCUAUCUGCACUAACCAACUUCCAUUUAAUACCUAUUGAAGACUUGAAACCUUUACUUAGAUACGUGCAAUUUAUCUAGAAUUUGGCUGUCUGACUGGAUUGUUUGUGGCUGGUCCGUUCUUAUAUUUAUUCAAUUUUCCGAAAGUAAAGCCCUCAUAAUGAGAGACGGUCAACCGAGCUGGUCAGCCUACUCAAGGUUGAGUUUUUAGACACCAUCAUUUCAUUCAUUUUGGCUGAGUUCUCAAAAAUUAUUGAAAGGAGUCCUUUCCUCUAUCCGUCAGGAUUGCAGUUUGAAUUCUGAGUAAACGGGUUCCUGGAUGAAGGUAGCCUCCAUGUUCAACCGGAAUGCGUUAUAAAAGGGCUUAGAUUCUAGCCUAGCUGCUAUCCCUCUCUGCAUCCUUAUUUUUGUAGAGAUGGAUUUAUCAACCUUUUUGCCUGGGUUUAUUGGGCUCCAACCCUGGAGUUUUGGUGGUUAAAACCCUGAUUGGAACCUGAGUGAUAUCACAGAAUCUAUGCUAAGAAAGUACCUGACUAGCUAUGUAUGUCCUUCGCAAGCCAUUUCCAUGCACAGACAUUCAGGAUAUGCACUGCACCAUAGAGUUUUUGAUUCCGCCUUUAGCUUGUAUUUUUAAUUGUUUUCCAGUAUUUUUUGUACACACCUGAUCCGUGGUCUUGAGUUGUUCUCUGUUAAGGCAAAGUUUGUCAUAAAAACCCAGGGGAUUUUGAUGAAACAGAAUAUGGAUUUCUUUUUCAGACUAAGCUCUAUUUUUCUUGUUUUGACCUGCUGUUUGGAUUUGACUGUUUUGAGGAGGUUGUGGGUUUGCUUUGGUCUAAGUCAGAUGAUUGGCAGGGGCAUGAUUUGCUUCAAUUCAGAUUUUGUUCCUCUUUAUGAUUUUUUUGUUCAAAUCAAUAUUUUUUAAACUCUAAUUUAGAUGAAACUCGGUCCUGUCAUGCUUCCUCCAUAGGAUCGAAUGCAUCGCCGGCUUGAGUCUCUCUACUUGUUAAAUAUGAGGAACUUGUUAAAUUCUUUACCCGUUCGUAUUUUUGGCAAAACGUUCUUUUAUCUGAACAACGGAUUCACACUCUCCGUACACUGUUCGGAAUAGUGACCAAAAUACUCGUUAUUCAUAGAUGUUUACAUUCCCGGACACAGUAAUUUCUCAAUCAUCAAUGUAAGCGAUUCCCUGAUUACCGUCCCGGUUUUCUUACCCGCAAAGAGUUUGCCUUCUCCCCAUGUAUAUAUAUCGCUUAUGUGUAUAGAUGCAUCCUAUUGA